AACAACAACAACAACAACAACAACGAAAUUUUGAAAAACGGGAUCCCUUUGCGGGAAUGAAAUCCUGUGUUAAUUAUGAACUGGAAAUCGAACGAUUAAAACAAUUAGUACCAGCUAUUGAUAAUAGAAAACGCAAAUCCACGUAUUCAAAUUUACCCGAUAAUACCGACUCUGACUCAACUACUUCCUCUUCCUCUUCUUCCUCCUCCUGUUCUUCUUCUUCUUCCAAUAAUGCCGUAACUGAGGAAGAGAAACUUCGAUUUCUGGCAUUUGUCCGCAGCUGGACAGGUGACUGGCAGCAAAAACCAACAGAAAACGAUUUGAUAAACCUAAAUAAUGAUUAUUCUUUAUGGGCUGACCCUUUACCAUGGACUAUCAGUUUGGAUCAUUCUGCAUCACACACUAUGAUGUCAUCAAACACAUAUAAUAAUUACCUUAGUUAUUGGCAGCCUCAACAACCCGUUCAUGUAAAUAGACAUGGUCAAUUACCUAUUGGAAUGGGUAGAAAGAGGUCAUAAAAUUUUUAUUAUUAUUAUUUUUUUUUUCUUUUUACAUUUUAUUUAUAUAUUCCCUUUACUUUAUUUUACUUUAUUUUUUCUUUCCUUUUGUAAUAC